CACCACAACCAUGCCCACACAAGUCAAACUUAGGUUAUCACCAUGCACAGAGACGUGAUUUCGAGAUAACGUCUGAAUACUCACCCCACCACUGUCGCACAAUCCAACACCUUCCAUCGCAAACAUGGCCGCCGCUCCGGGCCCGAAGCCGUUGAAGUUCACAGGUUCCAAGCACCUCAUCAGUCGUCUAGUCCUAGCCACCUUAACAGGACGACCCGUACGAAUCUCUCAGAUCCGAGAAUCCAACCACAACGCACCAGGUCUUGCGCCCCACGAAGUUUCCUUCCUGCGACUCCUCGAUGCGAUCACGAACGGCUCCGAGAUUGUCUUUUCGCAGACUGGCACAACGGUGGCAUACGCGCCAGGUCUGAUCACGGGUAGCGCCGCAGGACAUGGGGCAGCAGGCGGUGUGAUACGGCAUGAGCUGCCUGCAGAUUGCUCAAGAGGCGCGAGCUUCUUCCUUAUUCCGCUGUGUCUGCUCGCGCCGUUCUCGAAGGCGAAGAUGAAUGUGCUUUUGACGGGACCUGGGGUUAUUACUUCUGCUACACCGAGUGGGGAUGUGUCAGUGGAUACAGUCAGGACAGCGAUUCUGCCUAUUUUCAAGAGCUUUGGUAUUGAGCGAGAUUUGGAACUGCGUGUGCUGCGGAGGUCGAAUCCUGGGCCUGGCGGAAGAGGUGGAGGAGGAGAAGUACAACUUGUCUUUGGACAUCAGGUUAGACUGCCAAAGACGAUACAUUUGCUUGAUGCUGGAAGGAUAAGACGGAUACAAGGCGUGGCGUACGCGACGGGAGUAGCAGGAGCAAACAACGCGCGCAUAAUCCACGCAGCGCGAGGCGUGCUGAACGAGUUCGUGCCAGAUACGAGGAUACAUUCAGACGUGAGCUCCGCACCACUCAUACCAGCGCCAGAGCGAAACAACGCGAACGCGAAGAAGAAGAUAGGUCUAGGCUUUGGAUUGAGCUUGGUGGCGGAGUCAAACACGGGGGCACUGUACUCGGCAGACGUCGCGAGCGAUCCUAGUGGUGGUGAAGUUCCAGAGGAUUUGGGCAAGAGAUGUGCAUACCAGCUGCUGGAAACCAUUGCACAGGGAGGGUUUGUGUCACACAUUGCGGCGCCCACAGUUUUGACAAUGAUGGCUAUGGGCAGCGAAGACGUGGGAAGACUAGCGAUUGGGAAAGAAGUGCUCGGAACAGAACAGGUUGUUCAGCUGGCUCGGGAUCUGCAAGCAUUUGGCAUGACAGGCUGGGGCAUCAAGGAGAGCGACGAGGAGGGCGAGGCUCUCAUCUCUAUCGUAGGACGAGGUGUUGGUAACGUGGGACGUAAGAUUGCCUGAGGUGGCUGCGUGGUGAAUGAACACGGCGUCUCCCGCUG